AUAAAAAGGCUGGGGCCGGCACGUACCUCCUCGUCAGUCGAUUCGAUCUCUUUCACGAGCCAUUUACUAGUGUUUGGUUUCUGCAUGGCUUCCUCCGCAGCUUUCCUCCUGCCUCUCUCCCUCCUUGCUCUGUUCUUGCGCUGCUGUCUUGGCCAGGGAGAAGGCAAUGGCGUCACUGCCAUCUACAGCCUCGGCGACUCCAUCACUGACACGGGGAACCUAGUCAAGGAGGCGCCUCCCGGCAUGUUCGAGACCAUCAAGCAUCUCCCCUACGGCGUCACUCUGGGAACCCCGACGGGACGCUGCUCUGACGGCCUCCUCAUGAUCGACUUCCUGGCUCAGGACAUGGGCCUCCCGUUCCUGAACCCGUACCUCGGCAAGAACAAGAGCUUCGACCACGGCGUGAACUUCGCCGUCGCCGGAGCCACUGCCGUGGACCCCGCAGACCAGUUCAACCUCACCGUGCCCAUGCCCUUCGCCUCCAACUCCCUCAAGGUGCAGCUGCGGUGGUUCAAGGACUUCAUGAAGUCCAGCUUCGGCACCGACGAAGAGAUACGCAAGAAGCUUCAGAGUUCUCUGGUUUUGGUCGGUGAGAUCGGUGGAAACGAUUACAACUACGAGUUCUUCGCGAACAAGCCCAUGACCGAGGUGGAGAAACUGAUCCCAGGGGUCAUAAAGACCAUCAUCGACGCAGCCAAGGAAGUGCUUGACAUGGGAGCAGGCAAGGUGAUCAUCCCGGGUAACUUCCCCAUCGGGUGCGUGCCGGGUUACCUGGCCAUGAACGCCGGCACGUCGGAGCCGGCGGACUACGACGCGUACGGGUGCCUCCGGGAGCUGAACCGCUUCGCCGCCAAGCACAACUCGCGGCUGCAGCGCGCGGUGGCGGAGCUGCAGGCGUCGCGCCCGGGCGCGUCCGUGGCCUACGCCGACUACUUCAACUCCUUCCUCGCGCUCCUCCACAACGCCUCCUCGCUGGGCUUCGACGCGGCGAGCACGCGCAAGGCCUGCUGCGGCGCCGGCGGCGGCGAGUACAACUUCGACUGGCGGCGGAUGUGCGGGUUCGCGGGGGCGACGGCGUGCGCGGAGCCGGCGGCGUACCUGAGCUGGGACGGGAUCCACAUGACGCAGGCCGCGUACAGGGCCAUGUCCAGGCUCAUCUACCAUGGAAAGUACCUGGAGCCGCAGAUACUCAGCUUCCCGGAGAAAUAUGGCCAGACAUAGACACGAUCUUCAUACAGGAUGGAUAGGAAU